AUGAGAGGCAGAAGUUUCUCAUUAUAUCCAUUGGAAGAAGAGCGUGGAUUUCACCAAUCGCGUGUAGAGCUACCUCUGCUAAAAGAAGACAUUCCACCCGAUGAUGAAGGCUGGCUUUGUCCUGGUUACGAUUGCAAAGUUGACUACAUUGACUUGCUUAAUAAUCUUCAAGGAAAAAACCUUUCCGUCGCUGACAGCUGGGAGAAAGUAUAUCCCAAGGACGCUGCUGCUACGUCUGGGGAGAAACUAGAUGAUAUCUCUGGACUUCAAUCGGAUGACUCGGAGAAUGGCCUGCCUGACAUACCUUGUCCGAAUGAAGUUUUUGCUAAGCAUUUAGGUGAAGAAAUUUCUUUGCGUGAGAAUGAUUUGGUGUUGUUGGGAAAUAAUUCUGGUCUUGCUAGGGGAGGGGGAUUAUGCUCUCUUAAUGGAUUCCAGAAUAUGACUCAUUUGGAAUAUGAUUCUGAGUGUAAGCUUUACUUGGAAAGCAAUAUUUCAGUUCAGAGGAAAGAGAUGCCUGAAGCUGCUAAUGCUGAUAAAUUAUCAGAACUGGAACUUGAGAAUGCUUGUGAUGAGCAGCGUGAGAAUGUUACUCAGUCAGAUGAGCUGCCUUUGCCGAGCAAUUCCCAGUUAACGCAGGUUGAAUCCUGCCAGAUUCUUGGCAACAAUUCAGUGGGGGAUUCGGCUCUCACACAGUUUGGAGAUCCUUGCUGCAGAACAUCAGCUGCAUUGCAAGAAAUCCAAAAGACAACAGGUAGUUCAUCAACCGAGGAGAAACUCAAAGUUGGAGGUAUAAGCACCUCUGAAUCUCGUUCAAGUGGUAAAAGAAAGGCAUAUGGAGAAGUCACCACCAAGAGACUCUACGAAUCCUUCAAGAAAAAUAAUUAUCCUGACUGUGACGCAAAGGAGAAGUUCGAGCAAAGUAGUGGUUGGAUAAAAGCAUUACCUGAAGAAGCUGAGAAUGAGAGGAUGCAUCUGAUUACUAUGGUGGAGCUAGUACAGCUUAAAUGGUAUGAGAGGUUGUUAGUUAUUGCCGUGCAGGGAGCGUUUUUCAAUUUUUACUUUGUGCUUUACUUGCUGUUCCCCAAGCUUGCACACAGAGUUGUUGGUCAUGAGGCUAUACACUCAUAUACUUUGUAUCUUAAUGAUAUUGAUCGCGGUGAAAUUGAAAAUGUCUCUGCUCCUGCGAUAGCAUUUGACUACUGGAGACUGCCUAAGGAUGCGACUCUAAAGGAUGUUGACGAAGCUUAUCAUAGAGACGUUAACCAUUUCGCAUCUCCAUGGGAGACAUAUCAGGCUGACUUGUCGAUUGAUCUAAGCAAGCACCAUGUGCUCAAGAAAUUCCUUGAUAAGGUUGCUUAUUGGUCAGUGAAACUUCUCAGGAUUCCAACCGAUUUAUUUUUCAAGGAAAGAUACGGUUGUCGUGCAAUGAUGUUGGAAACAAUGGCAGGUGUACCAGGAAUGAUGGGAGGUAUGCUGUUACAUCUGAGGUCGUUACGCAAGUUCGAGCUUCUAAGGCAAAGAAUUGGUGUUUGGAUUUCAUAA